AUGAUGUUUUAAAAUAAUAUCAUUCAGAAAGAAAUAUAUCUAAAUAAUAAUAAUUAGAAUAUUUCUAACUAUACCACCACUGACCCAACAUCCAACCAUUAUCCAGAAUUCGCCUAAUAACUUUAGUAAAUUUCACCGAAUACAGGAUAGGCAAUGGCAUUUUCUUCUUAAUCUCCAGUCUAAGCUAUGGCAUUUCCUUAAAAUGUGAAUAGCGGAGUAAAUGGAUCUAGAUUAAUAGGAAGUAGCAGCACAUAGCAAUAACAUUUAGUGCAAUUAAAUCCAUAAGAUUUCAUUCAAAAUUGUUAAGUUAUGUAAGGAUAGUAAUAGUAGCGCAUAAUUAAUUCUGGAUUUGAUUAGCCAUAGCAGUAAUUUCAUCAUUAAAUGCAGCAUCAACAACCCAUGCAGCAAUUCUAUAAUUAAAGCAAUCCUUCUAAUGCCUUUUAGUUAAAUUGCACAAAUCAUAACUAUGCUUCAUAGGUCAUUUAGUAAUAGCAGCAUGCAUAGCUUAAUCAGCUUCACCAAUAGUCUCCACAUUAAUUUUAGUAGCAUUAAAUUUAGACAAAUAUGUAGAUGAAUUAGAAUAAAUUAGGCUUACAAGAUGAAGAUAUAUCAGGAUUAACUUCCAACGAUCUUCAUCCACAUCAUUCAGGUAUGCAACAAACAUAACUGUAGCAUCAUAAAUCAUACCUAAAUUAGAUUGGACAUUAAUAAAAUAGCCAUCAUCAUAAUAUUCCUUAAUAGCAAUUCAAUAAUAAUAAUAAUUCUAACCUAUUACCUUAGUCUGUAAAUCAUUAAAAUGGGUAAUAACAUAAUUUUAUAUAAUAAUAACAACAGUAACAGCAAUUACAUUAGUAAUAAUAAUAAAUGAGAUACAAUUUAUGCAACAAUUAGAACGGAUACUAGCAAGCAGCUUAGAUUAAUCAUCUUUAAUAGCACUCAUCACCUAAAUAGCAAUCAAUUUAAUAGCAUUAAAUAGGACUAGUAUAAUCUGUUCCGCAAUUAGAUUUAAAAUAAGUAACAGGAUUGGUUUAAAUGGAAGAAGAAUCCAACCAAGUAAAGUAGCCAGUACAAACAAAUUCUUUUUAAGCUCCUACAAAUUAGAUAUAGAGAACAUCCAUUUAAAAUUUAAAUCAUAGCUCUCCUACCAAUUCUAAUAAUUUACAGAUUAACAACAGUUAGAGUGCAGUGUAGCCUAAUUUUAAUAGUAUAAUGCAAGCUAGAAAUACUGAAAAUAAUGAUGAAAUUAUAGAAUAGGAGUAAGUAAAUAAGGAGGUAAAAGAAGAGUUUAUACCUGUAAAGAAAGGAAGAGGAAGACCAAGAAAAAUAAUAACAGAGGAUUCAAAAAUAGCUGUAUAAACAAAAGCAAAAACAUUAACACUUUCAAAUGAAAGCACAACUGGGCAAAUUAACACUGCAGUAAAUUCUGUACAUAUAACAGGAAGCAGUACUGAAAAAAGAUAGACAAGAAGUGCAAAUCGUAUAGGAAGCAGCUGCUCAGUUUAGAUUGGAAGCACUGUAAAAGAUUCAGUAUAGCUUACAACUUGCAGUAAAGCAAAGACUGAUAUUGAAAGUUCAUCUGCAAUCACAAGAGGAAACGGAUUAGGAGAAAAGGGAACUGAAAUUCCUGAAGAGUUAGAUUCUGAUCAAUACAUCCCAACAGAAGAAGAGAUGAUUUAGGAAUAAAGAAGAUAUGAAGCUCUCUAACGUAAAAAAUAUAAAGAGGAGUUGAAGAAAAAAUCUCAAGAAUAAUAUUCUGAUGAUGAAGAUAGCGAAGAUAGUGCAAUAGAUGAAAAGAAUUUUGUUCCUAAUUCUGCAUUCUUGAAGCAAUAUCGUCAGCGUUUGAUUGGUCGCUCUUCAAACUCAAAGAUUUUUGAGUUAAAAGAUUCUUCAACUGAUGAAAAUAUAGGUUAGGUAGUGAAAAUAGUGCCUCAUAAAAUGAGCAAUCAUCAUCAGAUUGAGUGCAGAGAGUUGAGAAAUGAAUUUAGAUUCCUCAAGAAAAUGGAUCAUCCAAGAAUUAUUAGUCUGAGUAACAAUUCUGAGUUUAUCCGUGAUAGAAAUUAUUGUGGCCUUCUUCUACCUCAAGCAGAGUGCAAUUUGAUGUAAUUUGCCAAGACAUAGCGUCAUGGUAAGGUAUCUUUAGCUUAAAUGCGUAUUGCUUUUAGGUAAAUUGCAGAAGCUAUUCACUAUUUGCAUGAAAAUUAUAUUUCUCACAACGACAUUAAACCUGACAAUAUGUUUGUUUUCAGUGAGAAUGAUUACAAGCUUGCUGAUUUUGGUUUUGCAAUUGACCUCCCAAAGCCAAAUUCCUUCAAAAGAAAUUCUCGUUUCUCAUAAACUCUAAGAAAGCAAGUAAAGAUUGAAGACCUUAAGAAGAACUGGAAAUAAAGAUGCAAGCAAUAUGUAGCUCCUGAAUUAAUCAAGCUUCUUAAUGGAAAGCGCCCAAGAACUCCUUCUGAUGAGAAAGCUUGUGAUGUCUUUGCUCUAGGUGUAUCGUUUUUCAUCAUUAUAUUUUACCAGCUUCCUUUUUGUGGUUCUGCUCUUAAAACAGAUUAACGUUACAAGCACUUCUUCAAAGGAUAAAAUGAAAAAUUCUGGUCAUAAUUUAAAUCCAUGCUAACAAAAUUUUAACAACAGGAAAAUUCUUAUCCAGAAGAGUUAAAAGAUCUGUUUAAUAAAGUAUUAGAACCAGAGCCAACAAAGCGCUUGACAAUUGAAUAAGUACUUGAACAUCCUUGGUUGAAUCAUUGA